GAGAAUCAUAGAAGAAUAGCUCGGAUUUUUUGACUUCUUGCGUAAAAGAUUUAUUAGCGUUCUUCUUGUAAAAAUUCGUGCCAUGUUUCGUAUGUAUAAUUAAUUAUAUCAUUUUCAAAGUGUAUACAUUGAAAAAUCGUAUGUCAUUGUUAAUCACAAUAUGACGCGAUUGCAAGAAAUACGAAGUUCACCCUGUAAGAAUAUCUUUAAAGAUAUUUCAAAGACUCAAAGAAGCAAGUUGUCAAAAAUUUAUCCAAAAAGUACUGGGAAUUUAGAAACACCACAAGACUCGCAUUCUCGAGAGUAUCAUCGAUCUCUCGAUAAUGAAUACGUGGAAGAUCUUAACGAAGCAUCUAAUCUGAUCAAUCAGGAUUCUGAAAUACCAAAAGAACGAUGGAUCGCUUUGGCUUUAUUUGGUAUACUAAGUUGCAGUCAGUGUUGCAUAUGGAAUACAUGGGGUCCUAUAACAAUAUCCACGAUGAUAGCGUUUACAACUUGGCAAAAAUAUCACGUAGCUCUUUUAUCCGAUUGGGGCUGUAUAACGUAUAUCACUUUUUGUUUUCCUUGUUGUUGGUUUUUGUAUAGAAAAGGUUUGGUAGCACCCAUAAGAAUGGCAGCGAUCCUUUCAGCGUUAGCAGCCUUUGUCAGAUGUUUCUCUUGCGACGAAAUGAUCUUCACUAUAACGGCACAUACCGCGGCCAUCUUAAAUGGUCUGUCCGGGGUAAUCAUUGGUCCAGCUACAGCCCUGGUGUCUGCUGUUUGGUUCCCACGUGGAGAACGCACCACCGCAACCGGUAUAUCUUCCGCUUGUAAUCAAUUUGGCAUGGCCGUAUCUUAUUUGAUAGGACCAGCUGUUGUGGAUACAAACAUUCCGACUAAUAAUACAAUAUUAAAUAAGAAAAUAUAUAGAAACUUGAGAAUGUACUCUCGUAAGGAACGUUAUUAUUUUCGUUCACCGAGACGAACAACGUUCGAUACAAGAUCAUCUUCGAAUAAUAAUCAUAUACAAACGAUUCUUCGUGUACAAAUUAUGUCGCUAAUGAGAAUCGAAUUUGUAAUUCAAUCCCUCGUCGUAGUUGGAAUCCUAUCAUUUUUUCCAAACCAUCCUAACUCCUUUAUUGAUUCCGUAGAUAUGUCUUCUCGUUUAAGUCUGAUAGAUUCGAUCUUACUUCUUCUCAAAAAGAAGAAUAUGUGGCAAUUAUGUUUAGCAGCUGCGUUUAGUCAAGGUGUGACCGGACCGUGGCUCAGUAUGAUCACUAUAACAUUCGAUUCAAUGGUUACACAAGAGGAAGCAGAUAAACUUGCUUUUUGGACUAUCAUUUCUGGCAGCGUUAUUAGCUUGGUGGCUUCUCGAGUGGCCGAUAUUUUUCAAGGUCAUCUCAGGAUCGGUCUUUAUAUAUUGCUAAUGAUAUCCGUUGUAAUGUUUCUCUGGAUUUUAUUGCUUGAAAAUCGAAUCUUAAUAUUUCGUAAAGAAGAACUUUACGCUGCUGUAAUACUUGGAAUGUCGGCCAGUUGGUCUACCCCCGCCUUGUUUCUUGAACUUGCUUCUGAAAUUGCAUUUCCUGUUUCGGAAGCCAUCGUAGGCGGAUAUAUGAUAUUCUUGGCAAAUUUGAUAGGAACUCUAUUUUAUUUUUCUUAUUUUAUACCUGAAAUCGGUGAUCGAUGUUCAACAUAUUGUGUUUUUGGAAAUUUAUUAACCGCAACAAUUCUCGUAAUUUAUGUAAAAGAAGAAUAUAAUCGUACGAAAUCAGAAUGGCAGUAUGAUUCAAUGCUAUAA